AUUAGUGAGGUUAACCAUAUCUUCACACACAUCUACAUUUACGUCAUAUUUUUAUCAACGAAAUAUUAAACAAUGUAUAAAUGUGUAAAUUUUUAGACAGCAAAUUCAGUCGGACCGUAACGUCGGUCACAAUCUUUUUCGGUAGAUCUCAUAACUUCAAAGUUACCGAAAACAUUAUAAAUACAAUACUUUUAGCAGCAAGUUUGUAAACAAAACAAAUAAUUAUCAACAAUGUCCGAAGUAGACAAUAAACAUAAAAAAAUUCCUCAGUAUGGUUUGAUAUUGUCAAUGGAUCAUAAAUAUCCAGAACAGUGGAAACAAACUCUGCGUGUCGGCUGGAGGGAAUUUUUUCGACUUUUCGGCUUGGGACUGAGAUAUCUGUCAUACUGUUCUCAAGUUGCCCGAGAAGGCCGUAUGCCACUGAUGGAUUAUUCAAAUCUCGUCAAUGAUCGUCAAAUUUACGGAGUACCAAUUGGUGGAAUAGGGACAGGGUCGAUAGGGCGUGGAUUCAAUGGAGAAUUUCGUCGGUACGCAUUGAUACCGGGAAUUUAUAGAUACGAGACAGCACUUGCUAAUCAAUUUAUUGUCACUGUUCGAGACACUCAUGGCAAGACAAUCUAUCAUCAAGUUUUAUCGCCACUUUCCCGAGGCAAAUAUUUGUCUUCGUGGAAGUGGGGAUUUGACGGUAAAAAUGCUAAAUAUACUGGCCUGUUUCCACGCUCCUGGACAGAAUACGAUAUCAAAGAAAUAAAUGUUAAACUCAUUUGUCGUCAAAUAUCCCCCGUAAUUCCAAAUAAUUAUAAAGACAGUUCUCUGCCGUGUGCCGCCUUCAUUUGGGAAAUAAUUAAUGAGUCAAAUGUUGAUCUUGAUGUCAGCAUUACAUUCACAUUUCAAAGUGGUAUGGGCAGUACUUCAAUUCCAGGGGAAAAAUGGACCGAAUGUUUUGAAUAUAAAAAUGAAGUUAGGGGGGUGAUGAUACAUCAAGAAUUGAAGGGUAUGCCUUGCACGUAUGCAAUAGCUUCAAAAGCUAGUACGAGUGACGUUGACAUUUCAUGGACGUUGAUAUUCGAUCCCUUUGGCGACGGGAGGGAUCUAUGGGAGUUACUUGAACGUACCGGCAAACUUAAUACCUCACCAACCCAACCUAAAUCUUCCCCAACACAGAAACAUGUCGGAUGUGCGGUAUGCUCGUCUCUGCGUGUUCAGGCAAAUAGCGCACGAGAAAUUGAAUUUUGUUUAGUUUGGGAUAUUCCUAAAGUUCAAUUUCACUAUAAACUUCGGCAAUAUUUAAGAUAUUAUACAAAAUAUUUCAAUAACGAUAAAGAAACAGUAGCACAAGAAAUAUGUCAUUAUGCAUUGAUGAAUUAUAAUUCAUGGGAAUACGAUAUUUACAAUUGGCAACGACCGGUAUUGGAUGAUAUUGAUUUACCUGACUGGUAUAAAAGCGCGCUGUUCAAUGAAUUGUAUUACGUCGUCGAUGGAGGCACCGUUUGGUUGCGAACUGAUGAAACCGAUAAAUUUCAAAAUUCCGAUCCAAGAAUCGAGUACGGUCGUUUCGCGUAUCUAGAGGGUCAUGAAUACCGAAUGUAUAAUACAUAUGACGUUCAUUUUUAUGCUUCAUUUGCGUUGGCACAGCUGUGGCCAAAUUUACAAGCCAGUUUACAGUACGAUAUUCGUGAUUCUAUUCAAAUUGAGGACCCAUCUCUGCGUACAACUUUUUACGAUGGUACUAAAUCUAAACGUAAAGCCAAAGGUUUUGUGCCACACGACAUCGGGGAUCCUGAUGAAGAACCAUUUAAAAUGUUAAAUGCAUAUCCUAUUCAUGAUAUAAGUAAUUGGAAGGAUUUAAAUUCAAAAUUCAUACUUACUUGUUACAGAGACUUUAUUUUAAUGGGUGACAAAAAAAUGUUGAGAGAUUUCUGGCUAUCCAUCAAAGACGUCUUGGAACAAAGUCUUGCAUGGGAUACUGACCAUGAUGGUCUUAUAGAAAAUAGUGGUUUUCCAGAUCAGACUUAUGAUACCUGGAUAAUGCAAGGCCCAAGCGCUUACUGCGGUAGUCUGUGGUUAGCGGCACUCUGCUGCUCUUUGGAAAUCGCAAAACUGUUAAAUGAUACCGAGUUUAUCGACAAGUAUACGGAAAUAUUAAAAAAAGGAAAAAAGGCAUUUCAAGAUAAAUUAUGGAAUGGUAGUUAUUAUAAUUUCGAUUGUAGUAAAUCGGAUCAUCGGCUUUGUAUUAUGAGCGAUCAGCUUUGUGGUCAAUUAUUUUUGCAAGCGUGUAAAUUUAAUCAUCAGAUAUUUCCGGAAGAUCAAGUUAAAUCAUCAUUAAAAACAAUUUACGAAAAUAAUGUUCUCAAGUAUCGAGAUGGUUAUCAAGGUGCGGUUAAUGGUUUUCUUCCAACCGGUUCUAUCGAUACGAUGACUAUACAGAGCGAAGAAAUGUGGACUGGUGUCAGUUAUGCACUUGCCGCUUUAAUGAUACAUGAGGAUAUGCUUGAGGAAGGUUUACGUACAGCAGAGGGAGUAUAUCGAACAGUCUGGGAGCAAAUAGGUUUAGGUUUUCAAACACCUGAAGCACUUUAUGAAAAAGGUGGAUAUCGAUCGGUCGGUUACAUGAGACCUUUAUCUAUUUGGGCUAUUCACCAAGCGCUCACUUAUAAAAAACAACUUGUCAAUGAAGCCGCUGAUACUAAAUUAUAAUCAGCAGUAUUAUUUAUAGUUAAAUCAUUGUUAUUUAUCUUUGUACAUUGCACAAAAUAUUAUCAGAUAAAUUAUUUUGUUAAACUUAA